CUCUUCUGUCAGCAGGUGGCGGUAAUGAGCUGAGUUCCGUCAGGGACACAGCAGAGGAAGUUCGAGCUGGUAGCUUUCAGGCAGGAGUUUAAAUGAAAGAUGGAUCAGAAAAUUCCUUAUGAUGAUUAUCAGCUGCCAGUGGUGUUCCUGCCCUCUUAUGAGAACCCACCGGCGUGGAUUCCCCCUCAGGAGCGUGUUCAUCACCCAGACUACAACAACGAGCUCACCCAGUUCCUGCCUCGUACCAUUGUGUUAAAGAAACCCCCAGGAGCCCAGCUGGGUUUCAACAUUCGUGGAGGCAAAGCAUCACAACUAGGAAUCUUUAUAUCUAAGGUUGUCCCGGAUUCAGAUGCUCAUAGAGCAGGACUUCAGGAAGGAGAUCAGGUUCUUUCUGUGAAUGAUGUGGAUUUCCAAGACAUAGAACACUCCAGAGCUGUAGAGAUUCUGAAGACUGCUCGGGAAAUUAUGAUGAAAGUUCGCUUCUUUCCUUACAACUACCAAAGACAGAAGGAGAGAACCGUCCACUAGGUGGCAGCAGUUCACCUAAGCCUACACUUCAUUGGACAUCAUUACUGUUUUUACUAACUGUUGGCUACCCUGACACAGCUUCAGGAAGACUGAUUUUCAUGUCUAAUUAAACCCCACCAUGUUA